GUGCACUUGGUCUAAUUAUGUUAACUAGUCUUCCGCUACAAUUUAUGCAUCACUUACCUUUUUCUACAACACUACAAACUCCAAAUCCCCCAAUUUAUCUUCUUAUUUUUCCUCGUUUUUUCCAUUUCCCAGUUUAAAUUCUUCCUAGAUUUUUUCUCUCAGUCUUGUAAUUCUCGUCGAUUUCAGAAGAUUAGGGUUUUGGGUUUCCCCUGUUCAAAGGCAAUUCUGACAGCAGCACCCUGGCUCGCAUCUUUAGUAAAUUGUGCUGCGGAGGCUGUAAAAUGGGAUUGUGUGCUUCACGAGAUGACGAUGAUGAUUCUUCUGCUCAUUAUAUUAUGGCCGAUGGAAAUGUGCACCUUAUUACAACAAUUGCAGCUUGGGAGGAAAAGUUGAUGCUUGCAAAUCAACAAGACAAGAUUAUCAUAGCAAAUUUUAGUGCAGCUUGGUGCGGACCCUGCAAGAUGAUUGCAUCAUAUUAUUGUGAAUUGUCUCGGAAAUAUACUUCUUUGAUGUUCCUCACUAUUGAUGUUGAUGAGCUUCCCGAUCUUAGCACCUCGUUUGAUAUCAAAGCCACUCCAAGUUUCUUCUUCCUCCAAAAUGGACAGGAAAUUGACAAGCUUGUAGGCUCCAACAAGGCUGAACUACUAAAGAAGAUAACUGCCAUUGUAGAUGCACAGGGCCGGCCAUUUUAAUGAAACUAUUCUAUGACCUAUCUGUGGAUUGUGGUACAUGGUGUUUGGACUUGUGAUCAAGGUGCAAUCAACUAUGCCUCUAUAUUUACCCAAUCUCCCUUUUUCUUGUAAAGUUGUGAAAAGCAUUAGAUGAGUGUUAUUUGUUUUACUUGUAUCUGAGAGUAAUUGCUCAAUUGUCAUUUACAAGCAUUAUUAAAACGCUGCAUUUUGUAUGGUGCUUGUUAAUUUUGUAUAUCCAAUAUUCAGUGGCAUUACACAUAUACACUUUGAAUUAUGAGCUAAUUAACUAAAAAGAUUUUUUUUUUUUUUUUUUGAAAGAAAUGGAUAGUCUAUGAGCUAUCUCUUGACUAUGUGAUUCGACUGGUGAUAAUUAAUCAUUUGCUCA